AUGGCUUCUUCAGUUAUGGCUUCUUUGAGUCUCAAACCAACUCCUUUCACUGUUCAGAAAUCUUCAGUGAAAGGACUUCCUUCCAUUUCAAGGCCAUUCAGAAUUGUUGCCAGUGGUGUCAAGAAGAUUAAGACUGACACACCUUAUGGAACUGGUGGUGGCAUGGAUUUGCCUAAUGGACUUGAUGCUUCUGGCAGGAAACAAAAGGGAAAGGGUGUUUACCAGUUUGUAGACAAAUAUGGUGCUAAUGUUGAUGGAUACAGCCCUAUCUACGAGCCCAAGGAAUGGUCUGCCACCGGUGAUGUCUACGCCGGAGGUACGACUGGACUGGCAAUCUGGGCAGUAACUCUAGCUGGUCUUCUAGCUGGAGGUGCACUCCUUGUCUACAACACAAGUGCUCUGUCACAAUAG